AUGGAAUACACAAUCAAAAAGCCCAUUCCCCACUCCUCUGCGGGCAUUAGUUUUCAACAAGACAACAAAAAGAAACUGUGCGUCAGUGGACUCGACCAAGAUGGACUCUUCUUCCGCAAGACCGACAUCGUGACAGGUAUCCAUGUCCUCAAGGUUAAUGGAAUCAGAGUAGAAAACAUGCAUCCAAAACGUGCCACUGUCAUUAUUCGAAAUGCCAGAGGAACAGUCACUGUGGUGGCAGCAGAGCCUAGUCAACAGGAGUGUGAUGAUGCUGCAGUGGAAACAACGCAGCCACACCACAGACAGCAACGGCAAAAGCAACCAAAGAAAACUGCCGAGCAAGAAAACAAGGGAACAAUAAGAAAUUUCCCAGUUGUUGGGGCUCUACUAAGGAUCCUCAAGAUGCCCAAAGCAGCGUAG